AUUAAUUUAUACUUUGAUGACAGUAUUAUUUCUUGUGGUUCUAACGUCGGUUAGGACAACGUACUUAGGAUUAGCAGUAGCAGCAAUACAUAAAAAACAUUUUUUAAAUAAUAAGCUGAAAGAUAAAAUUAUUGUUUGAUAAAUAAAGAUUAAGGAUGGGGAAAGGAAAGGGGGUAAAGGAGUACUUCGACGGUUAUCCAAAACAUGUCUUCUUUAUCCUUGGGAAUGAAUUUUGUGAGAGGUUCUCAUUCUAUGGCAUGAAAGCCAUCUUGGUCAUCUAUAUGACCAGAAGAUUACUUAUAGAAGACAGUCAAGCAACAGCCAUCUACCAUGCAUUCAAUAUGCUGUGCUAUUUUACACCCAUAUUUGGGGCAAUACUUGCUGAUGGAUACCUUGGAAAGUUCAAGACCAUUCUGUAUAUCUCCAUACUGUAUGCCAUUGGCAACGUGGUUAUGGCGAUAACUGCCCUAUGGACCAACAUACCAGGUCCGAUGAUAGGGCUUGUAUUGAUUGGUAUAGGAACAGGUGGAAUCAAACCCUGUGUAUCCGCAUUUGGUGGAGAUCAAUUUAGAUCUGAUCAGGUCAAUCAGCUGACACAAUUCUUCUCAGUUUUUUAUUUCUCCAUCAAUCUUGGAAGUCUCAUAUCCAUGAUACUUACUCCUAUCCUCAGAGGUGAUGUGAAGUGCUUUGGAGGUGACUGUUAUCCAUUGGCAUUUGGUGUUCCAGCUGCAUUGAUGAUAGUUGCUAUUGUUCUGUUCGUUGUCGGCUACAGAUGGUACACGAAUAUCCCUCCUAGUGGUAAUGUCAUGGUUGACAUGAUGGGAGCAGUAGGGAGAGCACUAAAGAACAAAUGUGGAGGCAAAUUUGACAAGAAGGACCAUUGGUUAGAUUAUGCCGAAGAUAAAUAUGAUCACACAUUUCUAAACGACGUUAAAGCAGUGUUUAGAGUAUUGCUUCUUUUCCUCCCCCUUCCUGUCUUCUGGGCACUGUUUGACCAACAAGGCUCAAGAUGGACACUUCAGGCUGGGACUAUGAAUGGUGACUAUGGAGCAUUCAAACUGAAACCUGAUCAGAUCCAAGCAUUGAAUCCAGUCCUUGUCAUCCUUCUUAUUCCUGUGUUUGAGAGCGUCAUCUUCCCACUACUCACCAAGUGCAAGAUUCCACAUAGACCGUUGCAGAGGAUGUCAAUGGGGAUGUUUUUGGCAGCUUUAUCAUUUACCAUCACCGGAUUUGUACAGCUUGGCAUAGAUAAUGCCAAGCCCCAACCAAUACCCGGAGGUAAAGCAGAAAUGACGUUUGUUAAUGCCCACUUUAACUGCAAAAUGGAAUUUAGAAGUCCAGUGUACAAUGGAACACUUGAUGUAGGCCAGAGUCAUGCCAUAUCGAGCAUUGAAAAGGCACAGUUCAACCAUACAGUGAAGUACGGCUGCGAGGGACAAACAAAGAAAACAAAAGCGGUCCAAUUGAAGGAAACAAGAGGGAACAUAUUCACAGUUGGUCAACAUGGUCAAGACUUACAAUCUGUAGUUCAUGUCCAGAGGCCCAAAGCCCAAGAAGGCAGAGGGAAGGCGGCAAUAAGGGUAAUCAACAUGGUUCCAAACGAUAAAAGAAUAAGAAUAAAGUUUACUAUUGACACAGGUGCUACCGUUGAGGAUAUAAUUAACAGCACAUAUCUUUCUGCAUCAAAAUAUGUCCCAGGAGAACCGGGGAGAUACACCAUGAAAAUACGAACUCAAGAUACAUCUGCAGACGAAGCGGUAAAAGGAUCGUUUGAACCCAAAAAUGGUGGUGUGUAUUUAUUAGUUCUUCAACCUGAUACAUCGGAUCAAAACAAGAAAAUGUUUACAUCUCAUGUAUUGGUUGAAGCCAACUCUGUUGCCAUGAUUUGGCAAAUUCCUCAAUAUAUCAUCAUGACUGUCGGAGAGAUUCUGUUUUCCAUCACGGGUCUUUCAUUCGCCUAUGAACAGUCACCCGCAAGUAUGAAGUCGGUUCUGCAAGCUGCGUGGUUGUUGACGGUGGCUUUUGGGAAUGCAAUCGUACUCAUUGUAGCAGCGGCUGGCUCAGGUGGUACGGGUAACCAGGCUCUAGAAUUCUUCAUAUUCGCUAUCGUCAUGGCUGUUGAUCUUGUUAUAUACAUCAUCCUGGGUAUAAGGUUUAAGAGCUACAAAAGCCCGUUAGAAGAUAACAAGGAAGACCUGAGUCAAGCCCCCAAUGGAGUGUCGGCUACAGAUGGUGAUCUUCCUUAUGAAAUGGUUGAUGUUGCUAACAAAGAUAAGAUACCAGGCCACGAAGGACUUGUUAAUAGAGUUUUUGAUAAGUCGUUAGAGAACUUUGAUAGUAGGGAAGUGUGUAAUUUGUAAAUAACAAUACUGUGUAUAUCAACCAUAAUAUACCUUGUUUACCGUAUGUGGGUAUUUCAGGUUUAUAUAUGUUAUCUUUUAAAAGUUAUACAUGCUCUUACGGAAUGCUCUGCAGUUGCAAAUUACAGUACAAAAACCUUUAGAAUCAAUUAAACGCAAAAGUAAAAAGAUGAAUGCUAUGAAAUAUUAUGUUAAAGUCCAUGAGAUGUCGAUGUCGUGAUUUGUUUUACUGGAUUAACGAAUGACAGUAUGGACUGCAAAGUGUAACAGACAUAUUGAAAUUAAAUACUUUGCUGGAACUCACUCUAUAAAGGCGCACAUAACACAUCUGUGACACAUACCUAACUCCGCGAUCCAAAUAUCCUUAGCGCACACUUAAUACAAUUGAUAAGUACUUUAUCAUACGAAACUACUCAAUAAUGUGGAAUAAUAUUUUUGGUUAAUAAACAAAAUAAAAGUGUUAAAUAAAAUACGAAAGUUUAUUACGUGAUAUGUUUACAAUAAUAUUGCAGUUUUCAUCGGUGUACACAUUUUUAAAGGCGUAGAGUUGAAGAAUAUGAAGAGACUCCCCAAAAGUCCAAUGUGCUGACUGGGGUGCAGAAGCUUAAUAGUAGUGACUGCGAUGUGCCUUGUAUAUAUGUAGAUGUCAAUGCUACAAUAUGGAUUUAUACAAUUUGUCUGUUGUGCCAUGGAUUUGAAAAAACGAAUUUAAAUCUCCCAUUGCCUUAAUGCUUCCAUCCUUAUUUAUCUACCAGGGGAACUCUUUAUUCAGUCAAUUCACAUCCAAAAAUUUGGAAAAAUCUG